CCAUGUGCCGGUGUGAGCUGUGCUCGUGGUACGAGAUGUAAACUUAGCUCAACCAGACGACCAGAAUGUCGAUGCAGUGAGCAGUGUGCGCUCAAUUUCGAGCCAGUCUGUGCUGAUAAUGGACUGACGUACACCAACGAAUGUGUUAUGAACGUAGCCGCCUGCAAAGAGGACAUUCAGUUGUCGAUUUAUAGGAAGGGGAAAUGUUCAGGUAAUGUCAGACCUGAUACUUUUGCACCUGGUAUAUGCCGAGAAGGGGUUGCAGUUGCAGAUUACCAUAAUCCAUGCGACGACCUGGAAUGUUCGCAUGGAGCCCGAUGUCAGAUCGCAUCAAAUGGAACAGCAAGUUGUGUAUGUCCUCAAAAGUGUGCACAGGCUCUCACACCGGUUUGCGGA